AUGUCUGAGCCGUCCGCGUCAUCAGGCCAGUCAGAACUCUUUAAAUCGACGAUUAAUGAGUAUCUUGACAACUUACCUGAGACCGUUCAUUUACAGCUUUACAGGUCGCCUGAAACUUGUCUGGCCGUGUUCCGAUUAUUACCAUCGCUCGCAAAGUUUUACAUCAUGACCAUGUUGUUCCAAGACGCUGCAAUUCCCUCUACUGAUUUGAACCGGUGGAUUAAGUCUAGCUCUUUCAAUGGGUCGCGCAACUUAAGCAAAAUUUAUCAAAAUGACUCGCUAAAGCGACUUAAAGCAUUGAACUUGCUCAAGGAAACAAGACGUAUAUUCACUCAUCCGCAAACUGGCCAGACGACACAAUUACCCUUUGUCUCGCUGAAUCCAACCUUUAGACAAAGCUUUAGAAAUGCAUUGACAGGAAGUCGAGAUGCAAACGAGGUUGUGGAGGAUAACAAUCUGGAAAGUAUAGAAACGAUAAGCGUUGAGUUUCUGGACACAUAUUGUUUGCACAGGUGGGAGAGCAUAUUGCAUUUUAUGGUGGGCUCGGAAACUAAAGAGCUACCAAGUGUGGGUGUUUUAACUUUACUUAGAUACAGCGGGUUGAUGGAGCUCCCGUCGGACAGAGAACAAAGAGAGCAUCUAGGCGAUGACUACGAAUUUCAGCCCAAAUUACAACAGUCAUCUUCCAUUCAAACACUAAAAAACUUGCUCAUUACACAGAACGGGUUUCAGUUUCUUCUGCAAGAUAUCAACUCUCAAAUUUGGACACUAUUAUUGCAAUACUUAAAAAUGUCUGAAAAACUUAUGAUGAACCCUGUCGAGGUACUGAAUUUUAUCUUCAUGCUGGGGUCCUUGGAGCUUGGACAAGGAUAUCCGGUGGAUCCAUUGAGUGAUACGCAGAAGAUAAUGCUGGACGAUCUUAUUGAUUAUGGACUCAUUUACACUCCUUCAAAGACAAAUAAAAAGAUAUUCUAUCCCACGCGAUUGGCAACGACCCUGACUUCCGAACACACGAACUUCAAGACCUCAGCGGCCGUAAUCGACCAAGAAAUCACAAACUCGAAAAACAGCAACAACCAAGGCACUAUCGUGGUGGAAACCAAUUUCAAAAUAUACUGCUACACAUCUUCGCCGUUGCAGAUUGCCAUCUUGAAUCUGUUUGUGCAUCUCAAAGCCCGGUUUGCAAACAUGGUUACAGGGGUAAUCACCAGAGAAUCCGUUCGUCGCGCUCUGAUUAACGGAAUCACUGCAGACCAGAUGAUCAACUAUUUGGGUUCUCAUGCGCAUCCUUGGAUGGUGAAGCAAGCCGAAGACAAAUUAGCACGCAAAUUAGAACUCGAAAGUUCUAUUGGUAAUGCUGCGGGUCAAAGACAAAUAGACCUCGAAAUUCUACCGCCGACAGUGGUGGAUCAAAUUAAACUUUGGCAAUUAGAGCUUGACCGUAUCCAAUCAUUCAAAGGUUAUCUUUACAAAGAUUUCUCUACCGACUUGGAGUUUGAAAAGCUGCUUACUUAUGGUGAAGAAAUUGGCGUGAUUGUUUGGAAAGACCGCGCUAGAAAGCGGUUCUUUGUUACCCAGGAAGGUAACGGACAACUACUCGAUUACGCAAAUAGGAUCAUACGGGGUAAUAGCUAA